AGUAAUAGCCCCACGUGAGCACCGCUGUCGGUUUAUUUUUAGAACGCGCACUCCCCCGGCUCUUGCGUCAAUGGAAUCCCGUGUGUGCGUCAUACGGAAGAACGUCUGUGUCGAACAAGACCCUGAUUGGUUACCGACCCGGAAAGUUCCACCGCCCUGUCCACCAUGUUUGGGCAUUGACACGCCUUUUUUGUCGACGCAGACAAAAUAAAACAAGAGUGUAUGGAGCCCCCUGCGUUGGUCUGACCCAGUAUGUGUGUGUGAGAGUGUGUUUGAAUAUGUGUUUGUGUAUGUGUGUGUGUGUGUGCUGACAGCAGCUGACAAAGGUGACAUUUAUCAGUUUCACUCGUUUGGAAUAAAUGAAAAGCUUCAAAAUCCGGAAAUUUACAUAAACCAGCGAUGCCCUGUGUACAAACCCAGCAUGCAUCCCUGCCUCGUGACACCUACUUCAGCCCUGAGUUCUUGAAUCCUGACCUGGUGAUGGACAUCAGUAGCCAAAAGGACCAGCUGUCUACAUCUUCAUUGCCCAGCAUCAACACCUUAGUGGGAAAUGGCUAUGUGGGAGAGUUUGAUGCUUAUUCUUGCAAGAUAUCCACCGCUCCUCCUGCCUCUACAGUUUCAUUCAGCCACGCCACGGUAGCUGAAAGCUCCUGCGCUCAGAUGCAGAGCCAAGCCUUCAAACUGGAUGAUCUUCAGGUGUAUGGCUGUUACCCAGGUUCCUUUGCGCUGAGCUGUCUUGAUGAAACGUCAUGUGGCUCUGACUAUUAUAGCAGCCCAAUUUAUGCUGCUGUUUCUCCUCCAUUAUCUGGCUUUCAGACCCAGCCUGCACCUGUCUGGGAUUCCACUUUCAGCCCCUACCCCUCAGCCCCCCCCUCCUCUGCGGCUGAUAAAACCUCUAUGGCCCAGCAGCUCUUCUUUUUCACCUUUAACCCCGCACCAAAUCAGAACUCUCCCGUAGGGCAGCAUCAGGAUGCUCAGCCGGGCCACAAUGACCCUUUCUUCAUGCCUCCUCAGCAGCAUGUCUCUCCACUUCAGUGUCCUCCCAUUUCCCUGGAGCACAUACCCCUAGAAAGCCCUGGGAUAGUGGAGGGGGCCAUGACGUCUCCAAAAUCCCAGAACCCAGGAUCCAGUGAGGGCCGCUGUGCGGUUUGUGGGGACAAUGCAUCCUGUCAGCACUAUGGAGUACGCACCUGUGAGGGUUGUAAAGGUUUCUUCAAGCGAACUGUACAGAAAAAUGCCAAGUAUGUGUGCCUUGCCAAUAAAGACUGUCCUGUGGACAAGAGGAGGAGAAACCGCUGCCAGUUCUGCCGUUUCCAGAAAUGUCUUGCAAUGGGAAUGGUCAGAGAAGUUGUUCGCACAGACAGCCUUAAAGGUCGCCGGGGUCGUCUUCCCUCCAAAACUAAGACUGUGGCCGAGUCUUCAUCCACAACCCCCAAUGUCAACACCAUAGCCUCUCUUGUCAGGGCUCAUUUUGACUCAAACCCAACCAUUGGAAAGCUUGACUACUCCAAGUACGAUGAGACAGUGGACAACCUGACAGAAAAGGAGGAUGCCGGUGAUGUUCAGCAGUUUUAUGAUUUACUGACUGGUGCUUUGGAUGUAAUAACAAACUGGGCUGAAACCAUCCCAGGAUUCACAGAAUUCUGCAAAGAGGACCAGGAGCUGCUUCUUGAAUCAGCCUUUGUUGAGCUCUUCAUUCUGCGACUCGCAUACAGGUCAAAUCCUGAGAAGAGCAAGCUGAUCUUCUGUAAUGGUUUGGUCCUCCACCGACUACAGUGCAUUCGCAGUUUUGGUGACUGGAUUGACUCCAUCAUGGAUUUCUCCCAGAGCCUUCACCGCAUGAACCUAGAUGUCUCCUUGUUUUCCUGCCUUUCAGCGUUAGUUAUUAUCACCGAUCGCCAUGGCCUGAAAGAGCCCAAACGGGUCGAGGCCUUUCAGACUCAUCUCAUCACUUGUUUGAGGGAACACAUGAGUGGAAACGGAUCGGAACCAAGUCGGACCCAGUCCAACUAUCUUUCUCGUCUUUUAGGCAAACUCCCCGAACUGAGGACUCUUUGCACACAGGGCCUGCAGCGCAUCUUCUACCUGAAACUGGAGGACCUGGUUCCCCCUCCACCAAUAGUAGAGAAAAUCUUUAUGGAUACUCUGCCAUUCUGAAGAAAACACGGACAUAUUUGUGUUGUUUAUGUACAAAAAAAAAUGAUAGACACAAAGAACCUAAUGUGAGGUUUUAAUUCUACUGGUGAACCUCCUUCCAUCACACUGACUUGUGGGCUGACAUUUGUCUGACAUUUUUCAAGAGACCAUUCUCACAUAUGUUCAAAAAUGGAAUAUGGUACCUGUGUGAGUACCGCUUAAAGAUAUAUUUCAGUUUAAUGAAACUUUCACAAACAGAGCUGAAAUACAGUACAGGACACAGUUUAUAUACUGUAUAUGUUUGUGUGCAUUUGUAAAAUGACUUUAUUGCUGUGCUGGAUGUGUUAAUGUUGUCCUGCUAUGCAGCUAGUAAGACAUGGAUAUUUGGCUAGAUGCAAUCCCUGGUUACGUUCUCAGCUUUUCUUAUGAACAAAAGAAACACACUAAUCUCUCAAAAAGCAUGCUUUGCUUUUUAAUCCGACUAAGAAGAUGGGAUAGUCCUACUUUUCAAAAGGAAAAUUUUACAGUUUCUUUGUGUCACAAAAGAUAGUUUUAGUCCUAAUCGUGCUCCCGUGGAAGGUCUUGGACCAAAGCUUACUCUUAUUUUGAUACUGCCACUUACACACCUUUUUGCCUAAUGCUAACCAAUAUGUUAUGCUAUAACUCCAUCCUGCCAUUUUGCAACACCUUGUAAAAGCUGAUGCUGACAGGGUUCCUGUUGAACCACAUGUUCCUGUAACAACAUACUUUGUAGUUUUAAGAACAAAAAUUGACUUUCUGAAUCGAAAUACAAAGUGCCUUUUAUAAAACAUCACUCCUCAACCCAUAAUAAGUAACACUAAGUAAGUUUUCAUUCCAAAUAUCACAUAGCCCUAUUUAUUACAGAUGUGAAAUAAUCUUUGAGACCAUCAAAAAUAUUUUUGUAUUUGAUAUGAAGUGCCUGAGGCAUGCGACUGUCAAAACACUUUGACAAAGACAUACAGUGCUUGAGACGCACUUCACACGGCUAAACAAAGAGGACAUUAGGGGAUGAGCCGCCCAGUUUAAGAUUGAAUUGAGUUAAAGCACAUUUCAGAAUCUCUUUCUAUCCGCAAUUACAACAAGUAAGUAAGUACACAGUAUACCCUAUAUUUGUUUUUACCCAACACUGCUUGAAAAUAUACAUGCACAAGCAGACGUUUUAUGUUUGACAUCCACUGGCUACUUGUCUUUGGCUGCAGAUCUGUUACCCUACAUGUGUUCGUAAAGCUCUUCUACUGUCUUCCACAUUAUUCUGAGUUGUGCAGUUGGGUUUAUUUUGUAUUUUAAUCUCAAAAGGCGCUAAAUAAAUAUGUUAAG